GCUAGUGGAUUCCCUUCGCCUCUCAUCUCUUUUACCGUCUCUGGUUAGGAGCCAUGACGAGUGGGUGAGGACUUGAUGGUGGUGAUUUCAGAUCAAGACUCUUCUGGUGGUUAUGUUGCGGAUGGCUGAGGGCUUUUACACCCACGAUUACAGGGAUUGAAGCAAAUGGAACUUGGUCAUCAAUGCUUUCUUGAUUUAUUAUGCAAGAGCAUUUUCCAACAACAAAGUAGGCAAUUUUUUUUGUGUUUUUUUUAUUUUUUGGGGUUCAUGGUUACAUGAUCUAUAUCUCACUUGAUUGUUGGAAAAAUGCUCUUGAUAGUAAAAAAUCACCAAAAUAUUGAUGACCAAGGUCUUCUAUUUACUUGAUUCUUGUAAUAGCUGUUGUAGAAGCCCUUCAGCCAUCCAUAAACUUACUCACCAUACUUAUAGUCCAGCAGACAAAGCAUCUCCAAGGUAAGUUUGUAAGUCAAUCGUAAGUCAAUGGUAAAGGCACUAUUUGUUCUUCAUAGUCUAACUCCAGAUCCACUAUGUUUGAUACACAUAUGUUCAGAUCUGGUACAUCCUAGGUAUUCUCAAACUCGAUUCUUUGGUUUUUUAUCAUCAACUCUUUUCAGGAUCUUUAUUAAGAGACUGCAGGAAGGACACAGAUCCAAAUCCAACCAAAUAUUUUGAUUGUUGACUGAAUUUGUGGGUCUGCUUCCAUCUGAGAUCUGCUUGUUGUAGAAGUUGAGUUGUUGUUAUUAUUAUUAUUAUUUUUUAUGAACGAUUGUUGUUACUUCAGAGAUUAAUGUUUUAGAUUUUUUUUUGUUUUUUUGCCAUAACGAUGUUUCCAUUUAAUUUCAAACCGAAAAUGUUGAUUCUAAAACACACUACUUUAACUACUACAACUGUUAGACUUUAAACAAGAUCGUGUAGGAUAUCUUGUAUGUUGAUUCUUCUUGUUUCGAGUGGUAAGUUUAAGAUAGAGGUUGUUAUUUAGGAAGUGUAGAAGUGGUUGUUUGAACCCGUGCUCUCUCUCCCCAACAUCCUUCCCUUACACUGUUAACCACUUGUUACAUUACACACAAAAGAAUGGACUUGCAGGGAACCAUAUAAUGUUACAUGGACGGGUCAUGCGUUUGCGAAGUUGCAAUCUUAGAGAUAAUGGCAGAAAGCACUCUUUGGCCUCUGUAAGCAUCACCUGAUGAUAUCACAGCCGCCGCCCACUAUUUUUGAUCAAGAUCAACAACAAAUUAUUUUUCUUUUG